AUGAGCUCUUCAGAUCCAAUCUUUUACCCCAAAAUCGAAUAUACGCUUGAGGCAACAUCUGUAAAUUGCGCCACAUCUUUAGUCGAAGAAGUCUGCUUAAGAUAUGGACUCCCACGUAAACUCAUCAGUGAUAAUGGUUCACAAUUUGUCAGUGCUCUAAUGCAACGAACUUGCAAUUUUCUUGGCAUUAAGCAAUACCAUAUUCCUGUGUAUCAUCCCCAAUCUAACCCAUCCGAACGUAAAAAUAGAGAUCUCAAACCCCGACACGCCAUACUAGUCAGAGAUGAACACGACAUUUGGGAUGAAAAACUACCAAUUAUUCGCUUAGCACUAAACAGCACUGCCAAGUGUGAAACCACAAAUCACCCAUAA